AUGCCUGCUUUUCCUGCCCAGAUCUUCCGCACACACUUUGUCGACUGGGAACCCGCAAUGGCCGUGGACUUUACGCGCACCGCGCGCUCAAUCGCCGAACGCGGCUCAGACCUGAAUGUCAUCUUUGAACGGGAUAAAAUGAAGACGGAUCUGCGUGCCCUGUUGGCCCCACGCGAUAGUGCCCUGGGCUGGGAUGAGGCGAUCCAGUUGAUGCAGGAACUCAAUCAUGAGUUGCUCGAGCCCAUGGAACCGAAUGCUGACUUCUCUCAUGGCUCGCCCACAUCCUCACUGCAACAGUUCAUUCUCGACCGUGACUGGGUGCCCGUGGAGCCCGAGUGGUUUGGACACUUCUUCAAUAAGGACUCCUACAUUGUCAUCGCGCGCUACUGGGACGACGAGGAAGUCUCUGAAGGCGAUGGUGAACCUCCUUCGGGUGCAGAGCCGGAAAGACAGCCGAGUGUGCCGCGCGAGGCCUCCGCAGACGUGGAGCCCAGUCCCGCUAACAGUGCUCCUGGCUUUCCCUCCGGUGUCUCCUCCGAG